AUGGACACAGUGCCACCAUCCUAUCAGUCUGCCACAGCCCGUGAUGCAUGGUCCAUAAUAGCGCAGUACAUCCCAUCAAGCGACUUGUGCGCUGUUGCUUUGGUUUGUCGAAGGUGGCAUGAAUUGUUUAUGCCAUUCCUCUGGGGUGACCCGGCUUCGCACUUUGGAACUGAAAAUGAUGCAGUCUACGUGGCUCUGACAAGGUUCAGACGGACUCUCAAAUAUGCCCGGCUGGAGGUGCGCAUGCUCACUCACACGCUGCAUCUACCCCCAGCCCUGUCAGAAAUAUAUGGUGGUCCACGACCGGAGUGGCUGAGGGAAAUUCUAGACUCUCUGCCAUGCCUCCAGUCUCUGAUUGUCUCCAAGCUACCCUUCUUCGAUCAUAAUGCUAUGAUGGCCUUGAAAGGCACUAGUAGAGGUCUUGAAGCUGAAGCAACACCAGCACGCGUGUAUAAUAUCCGCCUCCUACUAGCGGACAAUGAAUACAACACGACCUCGCAGGGUAUUGCUGAGACGCUGUUAGUUCUCCCCGAACUAACUUACCUCGAUUUGUCUUAUACCACCCCUGCCCGAGAUCGCUUAGUCCUGUCAGUAUUAUCGCAGUUAGAACACCUUCAAGUACUUAAGCUACGAGGAAUUGGGCUGAGAGAUCACGAUGCGGAGUUUCUUGCUAAUGCUAUUGGCUACCGUGUUCGCUUCCUUGACUUGCGCAAUAAUAUGCUUACUGACAUGGCUGUGCGGUCUCUGCUACAAGCCUGUUUCCGACCUGCAAGCAAUCUCACCAACGAAAUUGGCCCGGCAAGGUCAGGGACAUGGGGCAGCUUAACUCAUGCGUCGCAUCCAAUGUCACAUUCGUCAGUUCAAAGGUUUCUAAGCAGCCCUUUUCUGGAUGAAAAAUACAUGGCAGCGUUGACCCAGCCACUGACGGGAUGUUCCUGGGUAGAGGACUUGUCGCAAGAAGGAAUAACUCAUCUGUACAUUGCGUAUAAUCCCAUCUCGGUGGAAGGAGCCGCAAGCCUGCUUGCUUCAUCGUGUCUGCACGCCCUUGACGUUGGAACGGUCAAUACGGCCGAGUCUAUGAACGGACGACGACAACGUCCGUGGGCCUUUCCACAUGAGGAUCCUCAAGAGCUUCCAGGGGCCGAGAAAUUAGUCCCUAUCCUGGGUUCCAUUACGAAUAAAACCCUCACUUACCUUAGAGCCCACCAUGCUCUGUGCACAGCCGAAGCAAUGACAAAGGAAGCCACAUCACCAGGCGCACUCUUGCCGGAGCUACCAGCAGAAAGCGAUUACGGUGAGCAGCAUAGAUCAGAGUUGGAUUGUACCCAGGAGAUACAUGAGCUGCCUUCGGGAUCAACUCCCAUCUAUGAACUCUCCGGCACUCCAGUGUCUCGAUCAUCGAGCCCGCCUCCGCAUGCUGCUGAGCGUAACUCGGGCCCAAUCGUCUAUGAAGACGAAACAUUACCUGAACAGCGGCGUGGCUCAGUAUUUGCUCCUGAAGUAGUAGAGGGAUCUUUUCGAGAUGGAGUGGGUCAUGAGGAAGUCGCUCCAUUGUCUCGACUUCCUCAUGACUUGUCGAUUUCAAGUAUUUCCACCCUCGCAGAUAGCGUUGUCAACACAUUAGGCAGCCAAACACUGUGUUCCUCGCCAGUGGCAAAAUACGACCCCCGUACUCAAAAAGUCCAGGAACUGCUUUCAAAGCGUCCUAAGGGUCUCCCUCGCCGGAAUAGCAGGGAAUGCCAUUUUUACCCACACCUGCAUCCUUCCCACAUUUCUCAUUUAGAACAACUUGUUUUAACUGAUGUACCAUCUCAUGUACCUGCAGAUUCGCCAAUUCUAGCGUCUUUGCUCGGUUUUAUCACAGCUUGCUCGAACGAAUCCUUACUAGCCACACUCCAGGCAGGAUCAGACUACUCACUUCCGCCUGGCCAGGCUCGACUGCAAGCCGAGCAAGAACGUGCCCGGUCCUUAUUUGCCUUGCGCCAGCUUGUGCUUGAAAUUACGCCAACGUCCCCGAGGCAAGGCCAACUCAGACGAACGCCUUGGAGACCUGCCGGUAGCUUGAAAUCAAGCACUGGAGAUCGGGACCUGGAAAACCUUUGGUCGGCAGCCGCUGAUGACUUUAGCUUCUUCGGCGAGGAAGAGUGUGGUGUGCCGGAUGGUUAUUCGGGCAAAUACUUUCCCAUGGCUGUAUUGAAUGAGAAGGUCUCUUUAAGACCAGAAGAGGAAGAUGUUAACAAGCUCUCGGCGCAUCCAGAUACAAGUGCUGUUCAAUUCCCCAAUUCUGUCCUUACCAGUCAACACCUCUCUCUGCAAGCCUGGUCGAGGGCUAUUUCGGUAGGCUCUGCAUCUGCCACCAGGGAGAGUCGCUCUCAAGGCCAGUCGGAUAUCACUACCACCAGACAAGACCCCGUCCCCAAAGUUUCUCAGGCGGAAGUCCCACUCAUUGAUCUUGUCGCCGAGUUGGCCGCCUUUCGACGCGCUAAAAAGAUGGAGUAUGAAGAAGGGGUAUGGCGCGAUCGAAAGCGACGGGAUACUGUAGGGACUACGAACUCCUCUCACCUGAGCCACCUCUCUCCUAGUCCCAGCACUGCAAUCUCCUCGUUCCGAUCUCCGUCUCCUUCCCCGAGCUUCAUCUCUUCGACGGGACAAUUGUCGUCCUUCCAAUCCAUUUCCCACUUCGUGGAAGGUCACUGGAAAGGGGAGGUUAAGAUAAUACGCAACCCAGCCCCCAAGGGACGCAGUGGGGUUGUAGAUAUGUAUGGGAACUAUUUCGAGAAGGGCUACUUAUACCCGUAA